AUGAUAAUACGACAUUGCCUAUCUAAAACGUCGGCUUUUCUUCCCAGACGAUCAUUUGUUAUAACUCCUUUCUUGAAUAAUGAGCUACAACCAGGUACAAUUGAGGCUACUUCAAACACCGAUCAAGAAGCAUCCACUAAUAGAGCAUCAAAGAGGAUAUUCCUAAAACCGGAUCAGAUCAAAAACCGAAAAAGAAAGAAUAAUGGCAAACGGAUGAAAUCAAUACUGCGACAGCAGUCGCAAAGUGCCUCCUCUUCCGCCAAGGUAGACCUAGCUUUGAUUCAAGAACUCUAUCGCAAGAACAACAAUCUUGCAAGUUCAUCGAGUGAUGAAGAUGGUGACCUGUUUCGAUAUAUUGAAACAUUGAAACCAUUUGAAUCAAAGAUUGGAAGUAAGAGGUAUGAGGAAUUGACAAGAGAUUUAUAUAAUGCAUUCAAGAAGAACCAGAUUAUCAAUUAUAUGACCAAUCUUAGAAGCAAGACACCUGAUUUGCCUGCUUUAAAACCCAGGUUAAACAAAAGUCAGAUUAUAGAAUCAUUGUUAACGCAUUACUGGAAGAUUGUGAAGCAGAAAUCGGAUCUCUCGGGUGAAGAAUUACUUAGUAACAGGAUUAUUGAAUUGACUCCAGCACAAAGGUUUCUUAUUGACCCUAAACGAUCACGAUUUAUCCGUAAUUUAAUUGCAUCAAAUAUAAAAGUCCAGCUUGGCAAAACUAAAUUAUCAGUGACAGCAUUAAAACUGGAGUUGGAUUACGUUGAAGCAGAACUAGUACAAGUAAAUAACCGAAUCAAGUCGGAGGAAAUUGAUUUAUCAAUCAUCAAAGGAGUGCAAAAGUCUGUUUUGGAUUUUGGUGAGAUAUCAAAUGCGUCGCUAUCGUAUUUUGAGAAGUUGGACAAAGGCAAAUACAAGAUUUUGGCCAAUACCCAAGCCAAUAUUAACACGGCAAAAAGAUUAAUUUUGUGGGCCCUUGACUGCAAUCCACACGUUCAAACUUUGUUUUUCAAUAAACUGGCAAUUGAGAAUGCACAUUUGUUACCAUUCAUCAAUGAAGAUGUGUGGCCUUGGUGUGAUAAGCAUGCUCGGUAUUACAGUAUGUUUUAUGAGGAUAGGAGACCGGGCAGGGAUAGUGACUUGGUGUUUGAAAAGUUUGACAAGAUGAAUGACAAGUUUUUAAAGCUGAAACUGUUGGAAGAUUUAGUUGACCAGAAGCUUGCGUUGAAAGCCAACAAGAAUAGUUUUAUUGAUGAGGCAUUAUCGGAUGAAAUUUUGGGUAUGUUUAAGACUAUUGGAAAACCAAAGGAGGAAGCUAUAGAGGAAGUGAAACCAAUAAUUACUUGUCAAAGUGAGGGCAACACUACAUCUCAACUGGAUAAUGAAAAAGAACCUAAUGAAAAGAUACAAAAGGAGUUUGAUUUGGACAGGAUUAUCAAAAACAGGCAUGAAUCGGCUGCCACCACGAAUGAUCAUGAGCAGCUUUUGAACCUUGAGGCAUUGCGCCAUGAGUUGGGAAAUUUCGAAGACGGUUUAAAGAUUGAAGAUUUCCCUGACGUGUCUAAUUUGAUUGUUGAUGCCGAAAAGCAGACCAGUGAUGAAGUACUUGAAAUACUAAGAACCGAAUUGGGAGCAUUUGCCGAAGAUGAUGGAAGUGUAGUUGAUGAUGGGGAAGAUAUAUCAAGUCUGGAGACGUCUAUCGAUAAGGGAAACUUACAUCAGAAGUAUGAAGUUGAAACUGAUAUUGAGAGUUCAACCACGUCUAAUUCCAUUCCUGAAUCAAAAAAUUCCACCAUAGCUGGUGAAGCAUUGCAACAGCAAUCGGCGAAGAAAUUACCAUUUACCGAGGAGCAAGUUGUCAAUUUAUACACCCAAUUAAAUGACUUGUCAUUUGCAAAUGGCCUCCAAGGUGCUUCAAAGGACGCUGAACCAUAUUCAGCAUACACGAUUCAGUUUGGAUCAUUAUUGUUCAAGCAAAAUAAGGACCCACAGGCUGAGGAACCUAGUCGUGAACAACUUCUUCAAGCACAGCCAGAUCAGUUUAAAUUCUUAACCAGCAUUCCAUUCUUCAAAGACUUGGCAACGUCUUUACCCAUCUUGUACAAUGGUAACCAGACUUUUACCAACAAGAUGCAAAUUCGAUUAGUGCCAUCGAUUUAUCACAGUCCUAAUGAUAAUUUGGAUUCCUCAAAAACUUUGCAAGAUUGCCCACCGGUUGAAAUACAAGCUGACUUGAAUGAUUGGGGCAGGAUUAAAUUAGAAACAUUACAAGUCUUAUCUAUAGAAGCCAUGAAUAACAUUUACGUUGCUAUGCCCCAAUUGGCACUGGAUUUGCAAGUAUCUAAAUUUGUUAUUGGUGAUUUAUUACAACCACAAACAACACAAGACAACCAUAAACAACAACAACAACAACAACAAAACCAACAAAACCAACAAAAACCUGGAAUUUCUUUUGAUAAUCAGCCUCACUUGUCACAAUUCUUGGAAGAUUCGCAAUUGAGUUUUGGAGGUCAAGUUAAAGUCAAGCCAUCGUCAUCGAUUGAAUUGUGUGUCAAUGGUAAAUUCGUCAAGUAUGACUUUGUUCAUUUGACGUACAAGACUGACUUGUUGUUUGAUUUAAAUGGGAGAGAAUUAUGCUUGAGUAUAAUCGAAGGUGGUAAUUUUGGAGGAAGGAGAUUUGAAGUUAUGUUGGGCGAAGGAGAGUUGUCAAGAAACGAAUUUGCAAAGUUUCUCAAUGAUGCAAUUGAGUUUUGCUCGGAAAUCUAA